AUGCGGCACAACAAUAUGGCGUCGAUCAGCGCGAUCACCUACAACCAGAGGCCUUCGAUGGAACCUGCGACGGUAGCGGAUGCAAACAACAACCACAACGGGCUCGGUAGCUAUGGAACGCAUCCACUGGCCGCAGAUGGUGCCGGAACGCUUGCAUCUGAGAUCCGAAAGGACGAAAAGUACUCACUACGUCAGCGUCAAUCCCGCCGUACAACGCAACCACCGGAACCGGCUAGUGUGAGCAGGAACAACCCCAAGGAACCGAAGGAAAAAGCAACCCCUAAAGAAAAACCCAAACCCAAGGCAGCUCCACUCAGCAAAUAUCGGCGGAAAACAGCAAACGCUCGCGAACGAAGCCGUAUGCGUGAGAUUAAUAGUGCAUUCGAGAACCUACGUCGAGCUGUUCCGGUGGCUGUGGCAGGAUCAAGUGGAACCAGCUCACCCGUAAGUCCACCAGCACACUGUGCUGGAAGUGCGGCUUCGAGCGAAAAACUCACCAAAAUCACCACGCUACGACUCGCGAUGAAGUACAUCCGGAUACUGAGCGAUAUGCUGCACGGGACGACAUCCACGACACUCGAGAACAACAACGACCUGGAUGUGAUCAAUCACAACGAGAUCGAACGUGAAGUGAUGCAGAAAGGCUUGUUGUUGCGUGAAGGUGCUCUUUCGAUGGCGGCGGGUUAUCUUUCGUCUCCUGUUGACUCACCGGUGGAGUCUUGUGGUCGAACUCAACCCGGAACAUCUUCCUCUUCGACGAGCAACCCUCGCAAAAGAGCCUCCACAAGCAAGCGAUCGACGUCGUCAAGCAGUCGUGCGAAGAAGCCCACUACAAACGCCAACAACGCACCCAGUCAGGGUAGGUCACGAAGUACGAGAAAAUCUGCAACCUCCAAGACGGCGCCACCAGUGACGCCAAUGGAGAAGAUCGACGACAACCUAUCGCUGGCACUGGUGGAUCCAACUCGAUCGGAUCCACUCGGUAUGGACGUGGAUCUUGGCUCGGUGUUGGAGUCGGACAACGACUCGCUCAUACUGUCCGAACCCUGUCUCAGCCCGCUAACCGGAGGUGCUGGAGUUGGUGGGCUCAAAUCACACGCAUUUGCCUGCACCGAUCGGCAACCGGUGAUGCCAAACGAUGGGCUAGAGUUUGGCUUGUUCCUAGAGUCGGAUGCGGACUCGUUGCAGCUAUCCGAACCUUGUCUGAGCCCGCUCAGCCACCUAGACUCACUGAAUCCGUUCAAUGAUCUGCUACACACGGGCUUCAACGAGCAGACAGCCCUCGAGCUGUAUCUUUAA